ACUUAAUUUUUUAAAUUAUCGCUUUCGAGGAAAUUUCGUUUGAGAAAAUGUUCCAAAUCCAUUGAAUAGACGUAUUGAAUAUCAGAAAACAUUGAUGCAAGUGUUGACGAAACAGAACAUUGGUUAAAUUACUGACGUUGUAAAAGCACUUCAAAAUAGACGGAGAGAAGUUGACACACCGGAAAUGGAAUUUAGAUGCAAAAGAAAUGUUUGAAAAUGGUUUUUCUCCUCUCUUUUUUUCUUCUUUAAGGUUGUUUAUAACGUUGUUAACGUUAUGCUCCGUUCUGUUACUUUAAAAUUACUUCUUCAAACUUUAUGUCGUCUUCUAUGAAAUAAUAAAUUCAGAUUUUAUCUGGAAGUGGUUUUAAGAUGCUUUUUGUGGUUAAAUUACUGAAGUUGUAAAAGCACUUCAAAAUAGACGGAGAGCAGUUGAUACAUCGGAAAUGGAAUUUAGAUGGAAAAGAAGUGAUUGAUAAUGUUUUUCUCUUUUUGAAGAAUUAUUGUUCCAUAGAGAACGAUAUAAAGUUUCAAGUUAAUAAUUUAAAAGUAAAGUAACAGAACGGAGCAUAACAGUAAGAAGGAGCAUAACAUUAACAACGUUAUGAACAACCCUAAAGAAAAAGGUUCUACAAUAAAAAUGACAAUAUUUGUCGCUGCGUGACAAUAUUUUGUGAAAAGAAGGAGCACGGUAACGAAAAAAGCUUUCUCUGCCUCUUAACACGAAGUAUGUAAGUAUAUACGGCUGGUGAAGAAAAGAAAGAAAUUCAAAUUGAUAUCGUAAGUGAUUACAUUUUCAUUAUAAAGAAUUAUUUGAAUAAGCAGUUGGAAAUAAAGUUUUAAAGAUAAAGUAUAAUACUGCUAUGAAAAACAUGUUAAUAAAAUUCUUCUGAAUUUAUUUUAAACACCGAGCUUUCUAUGACAUCUUAGAUCAUUUUCAAGAGUGAAUAACAAAAAGAAAAGAAGGAGUCUAUAUAUAAAAAUACAUGCAGAGCUAAAGAAGAAGUUUGGAGAAUUCAAAAUACCCGACAAUAACGAAAGAAGAAGAGAGGAAAAAUCCAUAAUAACACAUUCGAACGCGCGAUGAAUGAUCUAAGUUGUGAUCGAGAGCUCGAGUGUUUGAAAUAAAUUCAGAAGAAUUUUAUUAACAUGUUUUUCAUAGCAGUAUUAUACUUUGUAUUUAAAAAUGUUAAUUAUAUUUUUUCUCGUAUUCAAACAAGUUAGUAUCACUCAGUUGCACUGUCACACUGUACAUGUCCGUCUGCUAAGGCUGCUUUGUCCUGGAACUAACUUAUCACUGAAAAGGUACUUUGGUAUAUGUGUUAAGUCAUAAUUGACCGAAGAAGAUAAUGCAAUAUUCCAGAGUCACUAUUGGUAUUUGUUUGUUUUCUAUUCAGAGUACAGAUUUAACACGAAGCCAAUUCGAAAUGUCAGCGUGGGGCGAACCAGCAGCUUCCAGCGUAACGCGAAUCAAAAAGGACCGUAUUGCUGGUACAACUGCGUUAAAAGUUAUGUUUGCCGUCGUUGUAGUAGCUUCUGUCGCUGCGUUUACUAUACCAAUUGCAGUUAUUCUCGGAAAAAAACCCAUUUCUGAAUCAAUAGCUGCUUGUACAAUUAAUCCAUGUCAAAAUGGCGGAAUCUGCUCGGUCAACUCGACAACAAGUCCGUACUACCAGUGUUCAUGUGCACUCGGCACCUCAGGUGUUAAUUGUUCAACAAGUGUUGGUAAUUUAACCUGGAACACAACUGGAGUCGUAGUCAUAACCAUAACGGAUGUUCCAUUUCAGAAUGGUAUUUAUAUUAAGAACGGCAUAAUAUAUACUGGUAAUUCAGGAGGUGGUGUCAGUGGUCAAAUAAUUAAGACAACAUCAUCCUUAAAUUCUACAGUAUAUCCGUAUACAACGAGUGUAGUUGUUACAGGGCUGGCUAGUCCUACCUGGCCAAUUAUUGAUUCACAAGGAGUAUAUAUGUAUAUACCAGAUACUGACGUUAAUACUGUAUACAGAUAUUUUCUGGGUUCAUCAACAACAACAAAUUAUAGUGUUUUAAUGCACAAUUCAGCAGCACAGUCAAGCGUUGACAUGUUUAUUGCAUUUGACUCAACAGAAAGUAAUAUCUAUGUCUCAGACGACAGAAAUAAUCGAGUUUUAAUGUAUCCUGUCAAUGCAACAAAUGCUACAAUUGGAUUAUUAGUGGCGGGCAGCAAUUCGUCGGGCAAUGCAGCAACGCAGUUAUCUGGUAAUCAAGGCAUCUAUUAUGAUCCGGCAUCUAAUUAUCUUUAUAUUGCUAAUUUGAAUGGUCAUUCAGUGAGUCGAUGGACACCAGGUGCUUCGAACGGUACGUUCAUUAUUGGUAUACCCGGUUCAAGCGGUAGUGCCUUGACAAAAUUAAACCAACCGUUUAGUGUUACAAUGGAUAAGUACUCUAAUUUAUAUGUCGCUGAUUAUGGAAAUCACCGUGUCAUGGGUUAUUGUGCGGGCACCUAUACUAAUAACCUUAGUAGCGGUAUUUCACUCCUUGGCAAUCUCGGCUAUGGUCCGCAGAAUAUUGCAUUUGAUUCAUCAAUGAAUUUGUACUUAAAUGACUGGGAUAAUAAUCUUGUUUAUAAAUUUGCAAAAUUAUAG